AUGGCGUCGAAUUAUGAUCCUGCUUCCUCGGCGACGCCAACCCAGCGCCGUGUGCUGAACGACGGCAACCCAUUCUCAAGCCAGGAAGAUGCCUCCACCGAUGGAAGCUGGCACGACGCCGCUUCCAAAUCCUCGGGAAAUCGUAUCGGAAGCAAUCCUGCCCCGACCGCCACCAGCAGCAACAGCAGCAGCUGCAGCAGUAGCAACAACAAUAACAGCAAUAAUAUCAACAAUACCAACAAUUUUGGGCCGUGGAGCGCUUCUUUCGCCCCCUCUGGACCUCCGCCAGGUAGUUUUAGCUCGGAUUUAAAAAGUAUCAGCUCGACGCGCGGUCCCACCACGUCUACACCACGCCCUGAACCUCCAUUCCCUUCCCGUAUAAUUGCCAUCGAUGGAGUUGACGUUCUUGCUCGUGCGGAGCAGCGCCAGGCUGUGCUUCGCGGCAAGAUUGCCAAGGAGUUGAAGAUCAAAAGCGGAACGGAAAAUAUGCUGGAGGCCCUGUUGGUCAAAAAUCUUAAACAGACGAAAGAGCAACGCUUGAGGGUUGAGUCGGAGCUUAGUUCGUCCAAUAUGAAACUCGCACAACUGCGACAUGAGCUUGAGGAGGAAAUAUUACGGGCCCAAGCCCAAACUUCGCCUACCGCUGGCCGGUUAUCUACCUUGUUCCGUGGAACUCCCCUGCGAUCUCCUUCUCGUGCGUCACAGGGUGGGGACGCGGGGAUGGGGAGUGGGGAUGCGGAGACGGAGUCGCCAACUUAUGUCCUAGCUGAGACUUUGCAGGAGCUGGAGACCACAGACAUGCCGUCGGAUUACUAUGUGGAACGGGCGAAUAACCUUGUGGACCUCUUCAAGCGUCAUCCAACGUUAAAAUAUGACUUGGCUUGGCAGGUCUUUGGCUUGCGUGUUCAGACAAUGCUGCUGAGCGAUAGCAGGGACGUCGUCGCUGCUGGCUACCGAUUGACACGACAUGCUAUUGCCGAUCGACGUUCUAUUCAAAUCAUCAGAUCAUUCCAUACGGACGAGAUGGUGAUGAUGUCGCUUGUGAAGGAAACUAAAGCGACCAUAGAACGCGAGCAGGCGCUGAAAUUCGUCAGGGCUUUUCUUGAUGUUAAAGAUGGAGUUCGAGAACUGUCUCGUGGGGUUGUCCGGACGCUUGUCUCCAUUGCUGACCACCGCGAUGAUCGUCUGAGAAAUAUUUGCAUUAUGACUCUCGCGGAGAUCCUGGUCAAAGACCCAGGUCUCCUGUUUUUUGCCGGUGGAAUUGGCGUUUUGAACGAUGCCCUUGGAGAGGGAGUUUAUGGCGCUUCGGAGAGUCUGGCAGCAGGGUUUAUACACAUUCUAGACACCCCCCGCAACAGGAUAUAUCUCCGAGCAGGGUGUGAACUCGAAGGAGUCUUCGCCACUUUUACAGAUCCGUUGGGGGAUAGCAAUCACCAUGCAAGGCUGAAAUCUUCAGCCAAAACCAUUUCUUCCAUGCUCAAAACUUGGCCUGGCCUACUCACGCUCUUACGUAACAAAGCAAAACCCCUUCAGUCCUUGCUGAAUUCUCUGCAAUACCCUGAGCCCCUGGCAAGAGAUCUGAUCCUAGAACUUUUGUUCGACGCUCUCCGUAUCAAACCUCCGUCAUGGUCAUCGUCAUUCCUUGCCGGCCGGAGACUUACUACGUAUGGCAGGGUUACGAACCUUAGAUCGGAAUCUGAUACUAAACACUUACGUGCAUUCGACGAACAUGAAAAUAAUUCUUUUGACCUCACCACUCACUUCUCUGCCCUGGUCCUUGCUGUGCUGAUUGAGGCAGGACUGAUUACGGCUCUAUCGAACUUAAUCGAAGACGAGCCCGACCUGUCCCUGAAGAGGAAAGGCACAUUGCUGCUAACAGAAGUGCUGAAACUCGCCCAUCACUCUCUGCCGCAAUCUAUGAGCGCCAAACUUCAGGUUCUCCCUCAAUUGCUUCCGUGCUCUACCCCACGGGAUACUGAGACCUACCAUGUGUCGACAUCAACCGUUUAUCAAAUGGAAAGCAUUAACCGUACAUUGACCCGGUCAGAUGGGAUGCAAUCGUCACGCGGCAAAUAUACGGUGCACACAGAUAUAUCCGCUUCGUUGCUGACUACCGAACAGGGGAAAACCAAACUAAGCGCCAGCAUGGACGAGGGCCAAUUCCGCACGGCCGUUCUAGACACCCACGUCCUAAGUUCUGUGAAUUUCAUGAAAUGGAAAUGGGACUUGAUCCACAACAUUAUUGAGGGUCCACUGACGAACCCAAAACGCCUGGAUGAGGCUAUCCGAGGCUCGAAAUUCAUGAAGCGUCUGAUGGGAUUCUAUCGACCUUUCAAAUCCAGGUUUUCUAUGAUUAGAAAUACGAAACCGAACCAGCGCUAUGUCCGGACGGGGUGCGCGUUGAUGCGGACCCUUUUGCAGACCCCCGAAGGAACGAAAUACCUGGCGGAGAAUAAGUUACUGCGGCAGAUUGCUGAGUGUCUUGCGCAAGUUGACCGCAUGAGCGGCCUGACGUCGUCAUCGCCUGUGUUUUCUCGGAACAAUAUGAGCGAAACAUUGAGCGGGGGCUACUUUGCGUUACUGGGUGUAUUAAGCAGCGAGCCAGGCGGACUUCAGAUGAUGGAGAGGUGGCAUAUGCAUAACAUGUUCUACCAUAUAAUAGAACUCAAGGAUCGAAAUGAUCUUAUCCAAACAUUGCUAGGGAAUAUGGAUUUCUCCCUCGAGAGCCAUCUACGGAUCAUUCUUUCUAAGGCGUUAACAACAGGAUCAAAGGAUAUCCGCAUAUUCGCAACGAAAUUACUACGAAAAUACGUCGUGGGCAGCGUUUCAUUUCCCGCCCCGAUGGUAGACAUAGGAAAUGGGGAGUGGGUUGUUAAACUGCUUGUCACACAGCUAUACGAUCCGGAAGUUGCCGUAUGCCAAGUUGCUGUGAAAAUCCUCGAGGAAGCCUGCAACCAACGCAGCUGUCUCGAAUACGUGGUCAAAUGCCGGCCCUCGCUCGACCACCUAGGAGAAAUUGGCGCGCCGCUACUUCUCCGUUUCCUCUCAACCUCAGUCGGAUACCACUACCUCGACGGCCUGGAUUACAUCACCCAGGAAAUGGACGACUGGUUCCUCGGCCGCAACGAUGCCUACGUCGGCCUCGUCGAGGCAUCGCUGACGCGCGCCUACGUUGACCAGCCGCGGCGCAACAGCUUUGCCUUCGACGACAUCGUCGAGAUGCAAGACAUCGGCCUCGUACCGCCCCAUUUCUACAGGGAGCUGGCACGGACGCACGAGGGUUGCAAGUUGCUGGAGCAGUCAGGCCAUUUUAACGAGUUUGCGCAUACGAUCCGCGACUUCCGGCUAGACGAGGAGGAUCCGGAGGUGCUGCUGAAGGUUAAGGGAUGUCUGUGGGCGGUGGGCAAUGUGGGUUCGAUGGAUCUUAGCGCGCCGUUUCUAGAGGAGACGGAGAUUGUGGGGGCGAUUGGGAAGAUUGCUGAGAAUGCGGGGGUCAUGACGAUGAGGGGCACGGCAUUUUUUGUGCUGGGGCUGAUUUCUAGGAGUCUUCAUGGGAUGGAGAUGCUCUUGGAGGCUGGCUGGGAUGCGGCGGUGGACCAGAAGGGGCGAUCGCUCGGCUCGUGUAUCCCUGUCCAGUUGAGUAGGCUUUAUUCGGUUUCCUUCCCUGCCUAUGAACCUAAUAUCGACGAAGAACGUGCCGAGAAAGAAAGAUUUAAAGCCGCUGCUACGGAUUCCGAUCCUGUCUGCCAGAAGAUCCUGGAUCUGAUCAUUGACAUGGGUAAUACUGUUUUGUCGAAGAGGGCGGCGUCGGAUCUUAACACCCUCAGGACCAAAAAACCCGAAUACUUUCGCCAAAUCCCCCUCUUCCAGAAGACCCUCAUCCUUCUUGAAAGCCACCAUUUCCGCCUGCCUGCACGCCGCUUUGCUCUUGAUCUCUUUGAUAGGAGUGUCUUGCGACGCAUCGUACGUGGGGACUGGGAUGGGGACGGGGACGGGGCCAACGCCGACAUCGAUGCCUAUGCGGAUAUUGAUGUUGACAUCUCUAUCGAUGGAGAUGGCGACAUUGACGGCGUCCCCGCUUCGAAUCUGCAGCCUGAUGCCGAUACGUCGAUGGGGAACUGA